GGAAUUCUACUUAUCUUCUGCGUUUUUUUUAAAGAUUUUUAAAUUAAGAUCUCACAAGAUUUAAAGUUGUUUUCUUUUAAAAAUAAAAAUUGUUUAAUUAUAAACUUAUGUGGCUGUAAUGAUGAUGGGAUUAAUUGGAGCGACAUUUGCUGAUAACUCUAGCAGCAGAAACUCUGUUCGAAUGGAAGUGGAGAACCGAUCAGCGAUGAACAGCACGACGACCAUCGGGCUCCAGACACACUCUCUGACCAACUCCUGGAGCACCGAGUUCGUCACCAUACUCGUCAUCGUCAACAUCUUCGCCGACUUCUGCAUCGUCGUCGGCAACUCCAUGGUCCUGCUCGUCAUCGUCCGGCACAAGAGGAUGCGAACCAGGACGAACCUUUUCCUGGCGAACCUCGCAGUCGCCGACCUGCUGGUGGGGCUUGUCGUCGUCCCCUUCACCAUCACCACCCUUAUUGAGCAGACGUGGAUCUUCGGCCACACCGUCUGCUUGAUGAACGGCUGGAUGAACAGCUUCUGCCUGAUCGCGUCGUUCCAUACGUUGAUGUACAUCAGCGUCCACAAGUACUUCUCUAUCGUCAGCCCCCUGCGCGAGCCGCUGACCUUGAAGUACAUCCUAGCCAUGAUGGCCGCCGCCUGGCUGUGGGCGGCCGUCUGCUCCAGCAUGAACGUUUUGGGCUUGAGGGUAGAGUACAAGGUGGGCACGUCACAGUGCGGCCCGCGUUACCCCCACGACACGACGACGUACCUCAUCCACGGCGUCAUCCAGUGCACGUGUCUGGUGAUUCCAUUUUGCAUCCUGAUGUUCUGCUACGUCCGGAUCUUCUGGGAGAUCAGGAAACUCUCCAAAAGACUGAUCGACCACUCGUCAGCUGAGACACAGGCCAUCAUCGCCCAGGAGAAAUCCGUGGCCAUCACCAUGUUGAUCGUGCUGGCCAUCUUCGUCAUCAUGGCCCUACCGUACCUGGUCUACGCCUCCUACACGACGGUGGUGAAAGACAAAACCCAUUUCCCGAGCUUCAUCAACCCGCUGGCCUACACCUUCCUGUACCUGAGCUCCAUGUGUGACCCCAUCAUCUACGCCUUCAGGUCCCAGUCGUUCAGGGAAGGUUACAAGGAGAUUUUGUGUCAGCCGGUCGAUUACCCCGCAGCGGACUCCCCCCACGCGCUGAAUAAAACCAAGAGAUUCUCGACUCUGAUCUCCGUCCUUCAACUGAAGCGAGGGACAAGCUCACAAAAACAAACGAUGAAAAACGGAGACAUCGUGGUCAAAAAGGGCGGCAAGAUCGUGUGUAUCAGGAGGGCAGCCGUCGAAAGAGAAGACACUCUCCAAAAAAAUAGGUCACGGCUACCCUCCGGGGUCAACGUGAAUCUCAUUAGCGAGCGCAUCACGGAACUGGAUGAGGAGAAGUCUACCGGGAAAUCCCUGACUGGUGCGGAAUCAGAAGAAACGCUGGGUGAGGAAAGAGCAAGCAUUCCAAAGUGCCAGAGCGAAGAUUCGUUAUCGCAGGCGUACGACAACUCUGUCGCUAGCUCCAUGUCUAGUGAUGUCCAAAUUCAAGCAGAAGAUGAACAUGUUGACGACAACAAAAUCAAAAUGUCGUACCUGGAAAAUCUAAAAAUGUCUUCACCAAAGCACAAGCACACAUUCAAACUAUCGCCCCCUCUCAAGAAAGCAGACAAGAAACACAUCUCCCCCGAUGCUAACUCGACACCGGCCUUUAGUUCCCAAGCUCUAGUUGUGAGCCAGGAGCGUAGGUCUAGCAUGUGCGAUAUUUGGAUACGAGCUCAGUCGGUGGAAUGUUUGGACGAGCCGGUGCAGAUUUUUAGCAAAUUCAGGAACACUGUACGAAAUUUCGAUCGGACCAAACACCAGUCUGAGCCGAAACCUCUGCUGGUGGCGAGAUUAAAGAGCCCUAUAAGGUACACUAAGUAACCUUCAAGCAGCCAUUUGACUAGAUCUGCUUCAUCGGUGUACUGGAUGAUAUAAACUGGUUUUGUGUAAUAAAUUAUAUAAACAAGUUUGGUCAGUUUGAUGUACUGUGAUAUAAACUGGAUUUGUAAACUAGGUAAUAUAAACUGGUUGGGAAUAUUGUUAUUAAUGUUAUAAACUGGUUUGGUGUACUAAAUAAUAUAAACCGGUUUGGAAUCUGAAGAUAGGAGCCCUCAUUAAACUUGACAUUGAACUUGUUGUAGGAGAGAGAUCAUAAUGAAAUAGAAGCGUAAUGAAACUCCACACAAGAGCUCUGUGUUGAAGAAACCCAGCAUCGCAUGGUUGUUUUGUCAUGGCUCUAUCAAGUACAGUACAGCAACUGAACAUAGAACACACAGCUUCAUAUGUGACCAUACCACUGCUUUAGGGACACCUACUGACCAGUACACUAGGAACAACUGGACAUAGAUCACACAGCUCCACUUGUGGUCCUACCACUCCUUUAGGGGCACCUACUGACCAGUACACUAGGAACCACUGGACAUAGAUCACACAGCUCCACUUGUGGUCCUACCACUGCUUUAGGGGCACCUACUGACCAGUACACUAGGAACAACUGGACAUAGAUCAAACAGCUCCACUUGUGGUCCUACCACUCCUUUAGGGGCACCUACUGACCAGUACACUAGGAACAAAUGGAUAUAGAUCAAACAGCUCCACUUGUGGUCCUACCACUCCUUUAGGGCACCUACUGACCAGUACACUAGGAACAACUCGACAUAGAUCAAACAGCUUCACUUGUGGUCCUACCACUCCUUUAGGGGCAUCUACUGACCAGUACACUAGGAACAACUGGACAUAGAUCAAACAGCUCCACUUGUGGUCCUACCACUCCUUUAGGGCACCUACUGACCAGUACACUAGGAACAACUGGACAUAGAUCAAACAGCUUCAUUUGUGGUCCUACCACUCCUUUAGGGACACCUACUGACCAGUACACUAUACUAACUGGACAUAGAUCAAACAGCUCCACUUGUGGUCCUACAACUCCUUUAGGGACACCUACUGACCAGUACACUAUACUAACUGGACAUAGAUCAAACAGCUUCAUUUGUGGUCCUACAACUCCUUUAGGGACACCUACUGACCAGUACACUAGGAACAACUGGACAUAGAUUACACAACUUCACUUGUGGUCCUAGCGCUUCUUUAAGUUUGCCUAUGACAAUUCAGACACCAUUUGACAUUAAUGGUAUCCAUCAUUUGGAAAGAAAUUUCACUAUUUUAUUUAUAGGACUUGAGUCACAAAGACCCAAGGUUACUUCCCUUAAUGUAAUGAAUCCCCAUCAGUUUUAUGAAUAUUUGUAAUAGAUAUCUAAAUGUUGCCAAUUUUCAUCAUGUUUUAAAUAUUAAUUGCUAUAAUAAAUGACAUUCUGUGUAUUUAAAAGAAAAUUUCUUGUUGGUGUAUUUCAAAACAAUAUAUAAUCAUUCUUUUAUUUAAAAACUAGCAUUCAUUGAUCAUAUGUGGUACAGCU